GCCGCGAGCUCAUCGGAGGCUGGUGACGCUCGCGCACGUGGAGCGGCGGCACGUGCGCGAGCGCGCGAGCCUCUCGCUGAAGCGAAGUUUCCGAAGUGUAAAGGGCAUCGUAUGGUGUUAAAGACGAGCGGCGGACACGAUGGACCUACCGGAUGCCAUCAGGAAGCGCUUAGAGGACUUUUCUCGGAACGUGUUAUUCGACCAGAGCGGGACUCGGACCGUCGCAAGAGAAAAUGACACGUUUUUGCCCCACGACAAGCGGCUUCUGUCGAGUCUCCACCUCCAGAUGUCUCUGUACUUUAACAUGUGGUUCUUCCCCUUGUGGUGGAUCAGCGAAGCUGUAAUGCUGCACCUCAAGUAUCCUGCCCUACCCGACUACUACAAGUUCAUCCUGGUCACCGUUCUCAUCCUGAUGACUCUGAUAGAGGCCAUUAGACUCUUCCUCGGUUAUUCUGGGAACCUGCAAGAACAGGUCCCAGAGCUGGCUGGAUUUUGGCUGCUCAGCAUCCUGCUGCAGUUUCCACUAAUCCUGUUUCAGCUCUUCAAUGAAGCCAUUCUUAUACAACCCCUGGAGAGAGGUGUUCACAUAGUACUCGCCAUAUUUAUACUCGCACAGGCCCUCUCUGGUUUUGUGACGCUCCGGGACAUGGUCCGACACACAGGAAGACAAUUUCAUCUCCGACAGUUUGACUGAGUUCUUCUUCACUGCGACACACACAUCCCCCCUUUGUACCUCCCACUCGGAGGCUGAUGACGAAAAAAAAAUGAUGUGUAACCUUUUAGUAUUACAUGUAGAACAUUUUAUAUUCACUGUGCACGAAUGAGUAUUAAUGAAAAAAGGUUGUGGACAUAUAUUUUUAUAUAUUUUAUUGUAAAACCUUUUUCUGUAGCAUUGCAAUAAACAAUAUCUAAGAAACACA